GCGGACUUUUCUGGGGGUGAUAUCCAAGUUGAAUUCGGCCCUCCAGUACAGAACGACCCUGUGGCACGGAUCGACCCUGAGCGCGCGGACUUUUCUGAGGGGGAUAUCCAGAAUGCGUUAGACGCUCGAGUACAGAACGACGCUCGAGUACAGAACGAACCUGAGAGCGCGGACUUUUCUGAGGGGGAUAUCCGAGUUGAAUUCGGCCCUCGAGUACAGAACGAUACUGCGGCACGGAUCGACCCUGAGAGCGCG